GGCAGCGGUGACCACAGCGGGAGAAGCAGCACUACAGCCGCCUGCAGCCCCAACCUGGGAGGAAGAUGCUAAUUAAAGUGAAGACGCUGACUGGAAAGGAGAUUGAGAUCGACAUUGAACCCACAGACAAGGUGGAGCGAAUCAAGGAACGUGUGAAAGAGAAAGAGGGCAUCCCCCCACAACAGCAGAGGCUCAUCUACAGUGGCAAACAAAUGAAUGAUGAGAAGACAGCAGCUGAUUAUAAGAUCCUAGGUGGUUCAGUCCUCCACCUAGUGUUGGCUCUUAGAGGAGGAGGUGGUCUUGGGCAGUGAUGAACCUCAGUUCCAUUUUACCUCCUUGCCCUGUCGCUCAUAAUGAAGCAUCACAUAUCCUCUCACGCUCUGGGACACCAGAACUUCUGCCCCCUCCCUUGGAUGCCCAGUCUUGUGUGUCUACUGGUGGGAGAAUGUGAGGACACCAGGGUGCAGUGCUCCUGGCCCAAAUGACCAUUACUGGCUGUUGGGUUUUAGUUUGCAGUCCUGUGUGCUUCCCUCUCUUAUGGCUAUAACCUUGGUUGUCAAUAAAAUAUU